AUGAUUUAUUUUUUUGUUCUUCUAGCAGCAGUAAGAUCAGUUUAUGUUGGAGAAACACCUUGCGCCUCCCUGGCCGUAGCGAGUGAUUGUGACAAUUCAGGAUAUUGUAAGGUAGAUACAGGUGUUUGUGUUGCAUUACCUUGUUAUAUGGUAAAUGAAGUAGCAGCUUGCAGGUCUGGACCUUCAGGAAGUGGAAUCCCAACAGGUGCUCUAUCAUCCAAAUGUGACUCAUUGGAGUAGUUUAGUUUACAAUAUGACAAUGUUUGUGUGGAUAAGGGAGAUGGAAAAUUGAAUUUUGCUUUUGUUCGUUUCUCUAAAACCACUGAUGGAUCAGCCCUUUCAACAACUGGUUCAACCUCAACACUAGUUGGGGCAUUGACUGCUGUAGAGGCCAAUAUGUUUUCAUUAUACACAAUAAACCCAUGGAAAUCCCCAGAAGCAAGUCAAACUGCGGCAACAUUGAAAACAGAGUUAGAGGCAAUAUUGGAUAAAUAUAUUUUAUUUUAUUAAGUAUUAAUAGAUACUUCAAAUUCUCAUCCAUUCUAUUUAGAGAGAACUACAUAUUAAGCAUUACAAUUAAUUAGGGAUUAUGUAGGAUUUGAUUAUACAAUGAGGAAAGCAAUUCUACCUAAGAUUUGGUAAGUAGCUGAAAUAGCCCUUUUUAGAAUUGCCAAGUUUUCCCCUUCUUAUUAUCAAACCAAUUAUUAUUUCAUUAAUUUUGCAUCAUGCCCAUAUUCCAGAAGAGAAUUGAAGGUCAAUGGGUAAUUGCACACAGUUAGAAUUGAUUGGAUUGGUUAUACUUAUUCAACAAAUGGAUAUAUGCAAGUCUAUUCAUAUGCUGCUGAAUAGUUCGGUAUUAGAAAUGCUCUUUCAGACAUUAUCGCUUUGAGACCUACUACUUCUUUGACCACAGCUGCAACCAUCAAUUUAGAUACUUUAUUUACAGGUUUCUUUUUAGAAUGGACUUGGACUGACACAAAUUUGGUUGUUGUUGAAAAGGAUAUCAAAUUAUAUUAAUUUGAUGAAAGUGCUGCAGUAGCAACUGAUGUUGUUAAGUAAGUUACAACAACAAUCACUUGCGUAUCUGCUACAAAAACAUGUAAGACCGCAAAUAUAGUAACACCAAUAACAACAGCAACAACUAGAAUCAAUUAUUUUUUUAGUUAUGGUCCCGGUAAAUGUGUUGAUAAAACUGAAGUGUAAUGCAAAUUAUCAAUAGAAUAAGGAGCACAGUGUACUUAUAACGCAGCUAUUACAACUGAUUAUAAAUGCUCCUGA